AUGGCCUCUGUUAUUGUCGUCGAGAACGAAAUCAAGGACUCGGUCAAGGAGUACGGUCUGAUCAUCGACUCCAUUCACCAGAACUCCCAGUUCUCCGAUUCAUUGAAUCAAUACUUCAACAUCCAAAAUGAGAUUACAAACAAGUCCGAAUUGGCGGCUAAGCUCCUCUCAGGCUCGCCCGCUACUACCUUGGCCAAACUAUCCGACAAGGAGUUUGAGCCUGCGUUCUACUUGCUCGUCUACCUUUUGCACGAGCUCGAAGGUACAUCUUUCGAGAAGCUCUUCGAGAAGGACUCUAAUGUUGUGAAUCUCUUGAUAGAAGCCACUCCAGCACAGGUGCCAUCUUUAAGAGACAGAAGAUCUCUCAAGCCUACUACUAUUUUGUCCAUCAUCAACACAUUUUUCAACUACUUGCCAACUACAUCGGCUACCAGAAUCUACCUCGUGGAAUUGAUCUGCAAGAUCGUUUCCGACACCCAGAUUGACUUUGCAUUGGUUCAGUCGGCCAUUGGCGACAACUUGGUGUCGUGGUUGAAGGAUGCUAAUGCUUCUGAGGCCGAGAUCAAGCGUUUGUUCUGGUUCUUUGUCAAGUUGGACAAGGCCUACACCUUGAAGUCCUUGCAGUUGAUCAAGGCCUUCACCUCCCAGUUCACCUUGUCGUUGACCGAAUUGCAUGACUUGAUUGUGUUUGCCUUGUCGUCGUCUGUGGUCGACGUUUCCUUCUUGGUGAACAACAACGUCGCUUCUGCCUUGCAGGCCAACUCUUCUGAUUCGUUGGCCCAGACAUUCACUCAGUACACCAACGGUGAGUUGGUCACCUCAGCCGCAGGUGAUUUGAGCGAGGAUGUGCAUGCCAAGUCCAAGAUCUUAGCAUUGGCCAAGUUUUUCGUACAAAGCGAUGACGCAGGCAAGAACUCAUUCCUCUACAGUGAUAUUCCAAGCGAAUUGGUGUCUUCUCCCAGCGAGUUUGAGAAGUUGUUGAUUGACUCCAUCAAGGCCGGUGUCAUCGAAGGUAAGUUGAACCAGGUGGAUGAGACCUUCUACUUGGUGAGAGUUAACCGUUUCGUGUUGGCUGGUAACCAAGAGAAGAUUGCUCACGACUGGGAAACCGUUAAGAAGUCGCUCGUACAGUGGAAGGAGUCGUUGAACAACAUCAACGAGAUUGUCAAGAACGCUAAGGACAACAUCGUCAACAACAACAACGCAAACUAA